CAUUAUUUUUCAUUACUGUCAAAGUUAAUUUAAAAUUUUUGUCUGGAUAUUUUUGUUUAUUUAUCGCCUAUAAACCAUGCAGAAGUACGAAAAAUUAGAAAAAAUAGGCGAGGGGACCUACGGCACGGUCUUCAAAGCGAAAAACCGGGAGUCCCUCGAGAUAGUGGCGCUAAAAAGGGUCCGAUUGGACGACGACGACGAAGGAGUCCCCUCGUCAGCCCUUCGAGAAAUAUGUUUACUGAAAGAGCUCAAGCACAAGAACAUCGUGCGUCUGUACGACGUGCUGCACAGCGACAAGAAACUCACGCUGGUCUUCGAACACUGUGAUCAAGACUUAAAGAAAUACUUCGACAGUUUAAAUGGUGACAUCGAUUUGGACGUUGUUAAGUCGUUUAUGUACCAAUUAUUAAGAGGUCUGGCCUUCUGUCACAGCCAUAACGUUCUUCACAGAGAUUUAAAGCCCCAAAACUUGUUGAUUAAUAAGAACGGCGAAUUGAAGCUGGCUGAUUUUGGUUUGGCUAGGGCUUUUGGUAUACCCGUUAAGUGUUACUCGGCUGAAGUGGUUACAUUGUGGUACAGGCCACCUGAUGUAUUAUACGGUGCUAAGCUUUAUACUACUUCUAUAGACAUGUGGUCGGCAGGGUGUAUUUUCGCAGAAUUGGCUAACGCAGGUAGACCUUUAUUUCCUGGUUCCGAUGUAGAUGACCAAUUAAGAAGAAUAUUCAAGCUAUUAGGAACCCCUACAGAGGAAACUUGGAACGGAAUGACACAAUUGCCGGAUUACAAACCGUUUCCAAUAUAUCAGCCAAACAUGAGCAUGUCACAGGUUGUACCUAAAUUAGGGAACAGAGGAAGGGACUUGCUCCAAAAGUUGUUAAUUUGUAACCCGAUGGGACGAAUGUCUGCAGAUGAUGCAAUGGCUCAUCAAUAUUUUAUUGAUUUAAAUCCAUCUAUCAAGAAUGAUAGGUGUUAAUUAGGCCAUAUUAAGUGCUCACUUAAUUUUAUUUUAGGACCAAAAGGACUAGUCAUUUGUUUGUAUUUUUAUAAUUGGAUAUUUUGGGGGUGUAUUUAAGUGUUUGCUAAUUCGAUAUUCUACCAGUCUUUUAAAGGGAAUUAAAAUUAAGUUGUAUAAUUAGAAUCGUAGAAUUUGAAUGGUUCAAUUUUGAAAAAAUAUCUAUUCUAAGCGAUAUUUUAAUUUGAUUAAAAUGAUUGACAUUGUGU